CUCGGCUAGCUAUGUAUCGUUAGAUAAAUGUAUGGUGACAGUAUCAAUUAAAAUAAGUACAUGUUCUGACACUUGACAACGUAUUAUUCACCUACUUACUAGUAAAUAUUGCAUCCUGAUACAUUAUCACGAAGGUCACUUCAAUAGCAAUAGAGCUCUGUAAGACACGCCCACUAGCGGCUUUCUCGAUUCUCUUCAUUUGGUUGCGUUGGGUUUUCUAUAACAGGACAGGACCAAGCCAUUACCAGUACUUUGUAGAGACCGAGUGAGUCGGACAGGCAGUAAACUGUUGCGAUCACUCAUUAUCCUCGUUCGACAUCUAAAGAAGCUCUAGAAAUCAUUAUUUAGCAAGAUGCCCAAGCCACUGACCGACCAGGAGAAGAGGAAGCAGAUAUCCGUGCGAGGGCUUGCAGGAGUGGAAAAUGUUUCGGACCUAAAAACCAAUUUCAAUCGCCACCUCCACUUCACGCUGGUGAAGGACCGGAAUGUGGCAACCAAGCGGGACUACUACUUCGCCCUGGCCAACACCGUCCGCGACCAUCUGGUGGGCAGAUGGAUCAGGACGCAGCAGCACUACUAUGAGAAGGACCCCAAACGUGUCUACUACCUGUCUCUGGAGUUCUACAUGGGACGCACCCUGCAGAACACCAUGGUGAACCUGGCCCUAGAGAACGCCUGUGAUGAAGCCAUCUAUCAGUUGGGUCUGGACAUGGAGGAGCUGCAGGACAUUGAGGAAGAUGCAGGCCUGGGAAAUGGUGGCCUUGGACGGCUUGCCGCCUGUUUCUUGGACUCCAUGGCGUCCCUAGGGCUGGCAGCUUAUGGCUACGGCAUCCGCUACGAGUUCGGCAUCUUCAACCAGAAAAUCGUCAAUGGUUGGCAGGUGGAGGAGGCCGAUGAUUGGCUGCGCUACGGCAACCCCUGGGAGAAGGCCCGCCCCGAGUACAUGCGACCUGUGCAUUUCUAUGGCAGGGUUGAGCAUACCCCAGAGGGGGUGAAAUGGGUCGACACACAGGUGGUCUUGGCCCUUCCAUACGACACCCCAAUCCCAGGGUAUAGGAACAAUGUUGUGAACACCAUGAGGCUGUGGUCUGCCAAGGCCCCGUGCGAUUUCAACCUGAAAGAUUUUAAUGUGGGAGGCUACAUUCAGGCUGUCCUGGACAGGAAUUUAGCUGAGAACAUCUCUCGUGUUCUUUACCCCAAUGACAACUUCUUCGAGGGCAAGGAGCUGCGUCUGAAACAAGAGUACUUUGUGGUGGCGGCCACCCUGCAGGACAUCAUCCGCCGAUUCAAGUCCUCCAAAUUCGGCUCCACAGAGGUUGUGCGUGUGGACCUUUCCACCCUGCCUGAAAAGGUGGCUAUCCAGCUGAAUGACACCCAUCCUGCCAUGGCCAUCCCUGAACUGAUGAGGAUCCUUGUGGACACGGAGCACCUGACCUGGGAAAAGGCCUGGGACAUAUGCACCCGCACCUGUGCCUACACAAACCACACGGUGCUGCCGGAGGCCCUGGAACGCUGGCCCACGGACCUGCUGCAGAACCUACUGCCCAGACACCUGGAGAUCAUCUACGAGAUCAACCGACGCCACCUAGAGCGCAUAGCUAAGCUCUACCCAGGGGACGACGACCGCCUGCGCCGCAUGUCCCUGGUUGAGGAGGGACACCAGAAGAAGAUCAACAUGGCCCACCUGUGCAUUGUGGGCUCCCACGCCGUCAACGGAGUGGCCCGCAUCCACUCGGACAUCCUCAAAGCCACCCUGUUCAAGGACUUCUACGAGGUGGACCCCGACAAGUUCCAGAACAAGACUAAUGGAAUCACGCCCCGACGCUGGCUGGUCAUGUGCAACCCGGGAUUGGCUGAGGUUAUCGCCGAGAGGAUUGGCGACGAUUAUAUCCGCGAUCUGGACCAACUGAAGAAGCUGCUGGAGUUUGUGGAUGACGACUCAUUGAUUUGUGACAUUGCCAAGAUCAAACAGGAGAACAAGCUGAAGUUCUCUGCCUAUCUUGAGGAGCAGUACAAGGUGAAGAUCAACCCCAACUCCAUGUUCGACGUUCAGGUCAAGAGGAUCCAUGAGUACAAGAGGCAGCUGCUCAACUGCCUGCACAUCAUUACACUUUACAACCGUAUUAAGAAGGAGCCAAACAAGGAUUGGACACCCAGGACAAUCAUGAUUGGAGGAAAGGCUGCCCCGGGUUACCACACAGCUAAGCUUAUCAUCAGAUUGAUCACAGCCAUCGGAGAGAUCGUCAACAAUGACCCUGUGGUGGGAGACCGCCUGAAAGUCAUCUUCCUGGAGAACUACAAGGUCACACUGGCAGAGAGAAUCAUCCCUGCGUCCGACCUGUCAGAGCAGAUCUCCACAGCAGGCACGGAGGCCUCUGGCACUGGCAACAUGAAGUUCAUGCUGAACGGGGCGCUCACCAUCGGCACCAUGGACGGAGCCAACGUAGAGAUGGCCGAGGAGGCCGGGGAGGAGAACCUCUUCAUCUUUGGCAUGAGGGUGGAGGACGUGGAAGCCAUGGACAAGAGUGGAUACGAUGCCAUGGAGUACUACAACCGCAUUCCCGAGCUGAAGCAGGCUAUGGACCAGAUUGCCGGUGGAUUCUUCAGCCCCGACCAGCAUGACCUGUUCAAGGACAUCGUCAACAUGCUGCUUCACCAUGACAGAUUCAAGGUGUUCGCUGACUACGAAGCCUACAUCAAAUGUCAGGACAAAGUCAGUGCUCUCUACAGGAAUCCUAAGGAAUGGACCAAAAAGGUGAUCUACAACAUCGCCAGUUGUGGUAAAUUCUCAAGCGACCGCACAAUCUCCCAGUACGCCCGGGAGAUCUGGGGCAUGGAGCCCAGCCUGGAGAAGAUCCCUGCCCCAGACGACCCUCGUCAAUAAUCCCCAGCUCAGGCCCUAAACCAGUCUCUGGCUUUUCCAAUGCUCCACCCUGUGGAUUUGAAUCUGGCUAUUCCACAUGAAAACCAUGAGUAACUUGAGUAAUUAACAAACUGUACCUACUGUAACUUUUCCUAGUGAUAUUUUUGAUUGUGGUUGGUAUUAGUUGAAAAUUGGUUAUAACAUCCCUUGUCUUAGUUUUGUGAUGGGCAAAACCUGAUGCUAAUUUCAACAGUGACAUUAAAAACAUUUAAAGCUAUAUGGCCAGAGCAUACGCAGUAACAGUUUGAGAAGUAGCUGGAAACCUCACCACUGUCUAUUGGUACCAAAAUCAUGUUUUCUCCAGGGGUCCAAGGAUGAGACAUGGAACAUAACUGUAUAAUGGCUUAUCUAUCAAUGCAGUGUUCAAAAUAUGCACAUUCGUCCCACAUACACACUGUGAUUCUACAUUACAUUAUAGCUUUGGCCUGGCACAGACCACGUUUUUAUUCAUAUAUGCACCUGUUAACAAAAAAAGGACUAUAUUUACAUGUGAUCUUUAAAUUUAUGAAUGUUCUUCUCAGUGUCUGUAUCUGUGUCUUUGUCAAAUGUAGUCACCUGUGUGUUUUAGUUAAUGCACAUGUUUCGGGUACCCCCCCCCCACCCCCAAUAGUAGUUUUUACUGAAAUACUAUCUGCUGUGGCUUUGUUUCCUUUAACAUGGUCAGUAUUUCCUGAAAACUUUGUUCCUGUGUUGACAAAUUGAUGGUUUGUGUAGUGCAACAUUCACCCUCCUCUCCUUCACCUACUCUGCCUAAUACCUCUCUGAAUGACUACUGAGCUGCCUUAACUAAGCUUUGUGUGAGUUGUUGUGCAACUGUAAAGUGAGCCCGCAAACACCCUGACUUCCUCUAUGUUAAGCAGCUAGUCUUCUUUUGAUGGUCCGAUAAAUUUUUUGGUACAAUAGUAUUUGGAAGUCUUCAUGAAGUUAAAUCUACUGAACGACUUGAAAUUCAGUGCGAGGUUGAUGUAUAUUGCGCUCUCCAUUUGUUUUUUAAUGUUUGUCUUCCUUCAGGGGAGAGUAUGAAAAGCACUGAUUGUUUAAGAUCCUGAGUGGUCUUAUCAGUGUGGAAUAAUGGUCAAUAAAGGAUAUAAAGUUAAAAUAAA